AUGUCGUGUUCAUCAAAUCCAACUCUAUCCAACAAUACGCAAGACAGCAUGGAAACAAUUUCCAUUUACAAUGAUUACGAUGUCUAUGACCCAGAAGAGCUAGCAAAUCAAGUGCUAUUUGACAAACCACGUGGCGAGAAAAGAUGGCUUGGAAAAGAACGUCACAAGGGAAAAGAACGGCUUUAUAAAGAUAUAAAAGAUAAAAACGUAAUGGACAAAACCAUUCAGUUGGAAGCUAACUUGAGUAAGAAUGCAAUUAAAAAAAUAGAGUCAUCAACUGCUGAUGGUUUUCAAUUUAAUGUUGCUUACUCUCUCGAGAAGAAAAAUCGAUGGGAAACAGUGGAUUCAGUAUCACUGUUGGCAGGAGCACCAGAAAAUUUGAACUCAGAAGUUGUCGAGAAUAUCGGAUUUCACAAAAAAGUGAUUUCUCAAAACGAAAGGGUCAAUGCCAUGCAGCAAACGAUAACCUACAAUAUCUAUAGAACUCAUCCGAGUGCUGAAGUUGCUGGUACUCAAUUAUUCAUGUCAAAAUCGGUGUCAAAAUCUGGAUGUAGUAGAAGGAAUAAGAAAAUUGACUUUAGAGAGUUUGAAAAUUAUGAUGAGGAGUGUGAAGAUGAAGAUGAAACAGAACUUGAAAAAAGUUCCGAUGAAUUGGAGGCUCACAGCCCAACUACAUCAUCCUUAGACCUGUCCUUAUGUUUCGUGGAGAAACGAAACAAAAAAUCGAGAAAAUCGAAAAUCAGUGAAUCAUCAGCUUUUGAAGUCAUCGAAAAGGAGAAGCUCGUAACAAAAUACACAAGUUUAUUGAAUAUUCAAGAAUUCCUGAAAACUGAAGGUUACACACUUGAGAAUGCUGAUAUUAUUUUCAAAAAUAUGGAGGUUAAAUUCGAAAAACAAAUGGAACAACUCAGAGAAGACGAAACUCUUAUCACAAAACGCCUGAGAUCAAAUCAAUAUUUUGUCGAUGCAUCCGGAUGGUGUCAGUUGGAUGGAGAAAUUAAAGAUGGAGAAUUUACAACUAUUUUUGUUAUCACUCACCUUCGAAAAAAUCAGUAUAACAUUCUGAUAAACUCUACUAUUCCAAGUGAUCCUUCCAUAAAAUGGCGAGAAUAUUUACAAAAAAAGAUAUCAAAAGAAUUAUCAAUUCACAAGGCAAUAUCAAAAAUCACCACGGAGAUGUUAACCAAUAAACGAAUUGUAGAAACGAUGUCAAUGGCAUCAAAAUUCUUUGGAAGAAAAACACUACCAGAAUUUUUCAAAGACAGUAACGAAUGGGAGAAUCAGCUUGUAAAUAUGAACUGGCCUAACCAGUAUUAUCACUGCACGUGGGCAAACUCUGAGGAAUUAAGCACAAUUGGGAGAAGACUUGAAUGGAAUGAUUUGUGCAAAAUGGUUACAAAAGGAAGUACAAUGGAAAUUGAAUAUAUUCGGGAGGGAAUAUGCGAGGAAUGCCAUCAAACCAAACAAGAACUUUUAAUGUUAAAAGAUGAGACUACAUCCAAACGCACAGACUGCCUCAUUGUCAGAGACGAGUUCUACAGAGAGCUCAGAGCAAGACGUUUUCCAAUUGAUCUUCAGAUCAAAUGUGCAGAUGAAUUGGAGUUGCUUUCAUCAUUUAUACCACUUCCGAUUGUUAAUUUGUAUAUCAGAUUGGCAUCAGAAUCUAUCUAUCGAGAUCUCGGAAAAAUUGGCAAUUUCGAAAAAUGCCCAAAAUGCAAAUCAGUUGUACUUUUCGACGAAAUCGUCGAGAAAAAUGAAAAGAAAACUCAAAACCGAUCCUGUCCAUGUGGAUAUUCCUGGUGUAGACAUUGUAAUAAAGUUCCACAUUGGCCAUUGAAGUGUGGAGACUUUGCGGAAUGGAAUGAGAAAUGGCUGCUGAGAUAUGCCAUAGAACGUGCUCAAGGAACAGGAUCCCAGACGCUUCUUCAAAUUGCCUGUUUGUGUGGCAAAGAAAUUUACAACGUCCGGAUGCCUGAACAAUUUAUCGAAUGUCCUGGCUGCAAGACAAAUGUAAAUAUGGAAACAAAGAAAAUUUUCGAGAAACAUUAUUACGUUCCAUUCGAUCCUAUAACAAGAAAGCUUGCUAAGAAAGGAUAUUACACGUAUGAGGACAAAGAGGGUAAAACUAUAUUUCUUCCAAGAGCAACAAUAUCCACCGAAAUUGAAAGCAUUCCUGUAAUCAAGGCGUCCGUCAUUGAAGUAUGUGUAGCGGCUAGAGAUGUGAGGUACAAUGUUCAUACAAGAAAUCGAGCUGUAAACCGAGAGCAUGCUUUGAUUCGAAAGGGUAUUUUGGAAACCGAAAUUGUAGAGAAUCUACUAGGAACUGUCGUGUAUUUGGUAGAAAACGUGACUGCGUGGAUGUACACGACAAGUCAAUAUGAUAGAAAUAUCAAAAACACUUUGGAAAGUAUGAUGGAAAAUCGAAAGAAUUUGUUGAGUAGUUUGGAAAAAGAAGAUUCAGAUGCAAUCAAGGAGUGUGCUAAAAAAUUGAGAAGAGACAUCGAUACUGUUGUGCAAGCCGUGGAAAAGAAAAUUGGAAAUCUGUAAAGGAUUAAUCGAACAAACUCUGUAAAAUUUUUAUUCCAUCUGAUUGUUUAUGAAAAAAAUAACAUUUCGGUAAAAUAAAGCACUGUUAGUAUGCA